CCAAAGCCUUCUCCUCUUCUCCUCUGCGUCUAUAACUACUUGUGGCCACUGCACGGUCUUGGCCUCACAUGCAGUCCUUACUCUCAUCCUUUUUACAGUCCCAUGUUCAGCUUCUUUUCCUUCUCCUAGCUUUACUGUUUUGGCCCCCUCCAGCUUCCAAGAGCCAAAAGGUGGAAGAAAAUAUCAGUUAGUUGUUUCCCUGGAGCCACCAAAUUAAAAUUUUUUCUUUGUUUUUCUUGUUUUCAAUUGAAUUCUGAGCAGUUUGUGAUCAGAUCUUCUGGAUUGGUUUGCAAAGGCAUAUUUUGAGAUCACUUAUUGAUUUCUCUGGAGAACACAUCAGAAAUACAAGACAGAAAAUGAGUACAGCCAAAGUGAAGCGUCGUGUGGGCAAGUAUGAACUCGGGCGGACAAUUGGGGAAGGGACAUUUGCAAAGGUCAGGUUUGCAAGGAACUCCGAAACAGGGGAACCUGCUGCCAUCAAGAUUCUCUAUAAGGAAAAGGUUCUCAAGCACAAAUUGGUUGAGCAGAUUAAGCGAGAAAUUGCCACCAUGAAGUUAAUAAAGCAUCCUAAUGUUGUUCGGCUAUAUGAGGUUAUGGGAAGCAAAACAAAGAUAUUCCUUGUACUUGAAUAUGUUACAGGGGGAGAGCUUUUUGACAAAAUUGUUAACCAUGGGCGAAUGAGGGAGGAUGAAGCACGAAGGUAUUUUCAACAACUAAUUAAUGCUGUGGAUUAUUGCCAUAGCAGGGGGGUGUAUCACCGUGACUUAAAGCCAGAAAAUUUACUACUCGAUGCCAAUGGGAACCUCAAAGUUUCUGAUUUUGGAUUGAGUGCGUUAUCCCAACAAGUCAGGGAUGAUGGCUUGCUUCACACUACUUGUGGAACUCCAAACUAUGUUGCUCCAGAGGUCCUCAAUGACAGAGGCUAUGAUGGGGCAACUGCAGACUUAUGGUCAUGUGGAGUCAUUCUUUUUGUAUUGCUAGCAGGGUAUUUGCCUUUUGAGGAUUCUAAUCUUAUGACCUUGUAUAAGAAAAUUUCGGCUGCUGAAUUUACAUGCCCGUCUUGGCUUUCUUUUGGUGCCAUGAGACUGUUAACAAGAAUCCUCAAUCCAAACCCCAUGACACGAAUAACAAUCCCUGAAAUAUUGGAGGACGAAUGGUUCAAGAAAGGCUAUAAGCCACCAGUCUUUGAGGAGAAAUAUGAUGCGAAUCUGGAUGAUGUGGAUGCUGUUUUCAAGGACUCUGAAGAACACCAUGUAACAGAGGAGAAGGAAGACCAGCCAACAACUAUGAAUGCAUUUGAGCUGAUUUCAAUGUCCAAGGGGCUAAAUCUUGGAAAUUUGUUUGACAUAGAACAGGAAUUCAAGAGAGAAACCAGAUUUACAUCGAAGUGCCCAGCCAAUGAAAUCAUUAAGAAGAUUGAAGAAGCUGCAAAACCACUGGGCUUUGAUGUUCACAAGAAAAAUUACAAGAUGAGGCUGCAAAAUGUGAAAGCUGGAAGAAAGGGGAAUCUCAAUGUUGCUACUGAGGUAUUUCAAGUAGCUCCCUCUCUUCAUAUGGUUGAAGUACGGAAAGCAAAAGGAGAUACUCUAGAAUUCCACAAGUUUUAUAAGAAUCUCUACAACAGCCUCAAGGAUGUUGUUUGGAAAUCUGAAGAGGAUAUGCAAGAAAAUGUUGCUGAAUGAGGCAGUUCCAAGAUAAAGAGAGAGCUCCUUUUCUUAACAAAAGACAUUACCUUCUAGUCACCUUGGUUAUUUUAUUUUAUUUUUGGAGCAGGUUCUCAGCAGCUAGUCCUCAAAUUGGCUGAUGUGUCCCUGCAUAAUUUUUUCCUGUUAAACGCUUUGCCACUGUAAAUCUUGGGCCUUGGGGAAAUCUUGCUUGAUUGUUUUAUUUGUUGUUUUUUUUUCUGUAUUGUUGGUGGAGAUCAUAAAGUAGGCGUGAGUUUGAUAUACAUGUAGAGUACUGUUUGAUCUUAUAUAUGAAGAGAUCUCUUUUCUGGCGCUGGCGUGUA